GACGCGGAGGGGCGGGGGUGCGGAGCGGUGCUGAUGGCUGCUCAACAAGGGAUGCCCAGCUCGGCCCUGCGGCUUCUGGAAGAACCGUUGGGCAUGGGCUUGACGGAUGCCGGGGACACCGCGGACGCGGUGGCCGCCGAGGGCGCCUACUACCUGGAGCAGGUCACCAUAACUGAAGCAUCAGAAGAUGAUUAUGAAUAUGAAGAGAUACCAGAUGACAAUUUUAGUAUUCCAGAAGGUGAAGAAGAUCUGGCAAAAGCAAUUCAGAUGGUUCAAGAACAGGCUACAGAUACUCAUAUUUUGAUAAAGGGAAUAUUGAAUUCAGGCAAGAUAACGUAUCACAAUAGUUUGAUGCAAAAACAAGUUGAGAUCCAGCUGUGUCCUUUAGACAUUAAAGUGGUUUGGAAAACUUUGUAA